UGCGCAGAUCACGCCAUCAUCAUCAUCACCAUCUCUCACAUGCUGCUGAAGCCGGUAGUGAAAGGAAACGUGGUCCCAAUUCAUCUUAAAUUACAGCGUUUUAUUAUCAAUUGGACCUUCCUAGGACAUCAUCCUUGUCUCUUUGUGUCACGCACUUAACGUUACCGCCACAGGAAACGUUUAGUCAGAGAAUUACACAUCUACUACGAUUUGAUAUGAAUUAAAAUCUAAGUGACUGGGUUAAUUUAGCCGAAAUGGUGGCAGGUGAGUUUCUCCCAGAGCAGCAUGUUCUGCCUGACAGCACACCAGACGGCAUUGUCACGGAAGCAAAUACAGACGACGACAGCGGCUACAAGGAGCUUUCCAAUGGAUCGGUCCAAAUAAUAUUGGAUCCAAAGGUGCUGGAACAGGAGCUUCCACCACCAGAUGAAAAAGAGGCGAUGCUUCCCUCCGAGCACAAUAACGAUGCGCUCGAGACGAGACUUUACUGGAGGCGCUUCGCCGUUCUCGGCGUGUUCAGCCUCUAUUCGCUAGUCAACGCAUUUCAGUGGAUCCAGUACAGCAUCAUUACGAACAUCUUCAUGGAGUAUUAUGAAGUAUCAAGCAUUAUGAUCGACGGGCUCUCCGUGGUCUAUAUGGUCGCUUAUGUGCCUUUAAUCUUCCCCGCGACGUGGCUUUUAGAUAAGAAGGGGCUGAGGAUGACUGCGUUGUUAGGGGCCGGGUUGAAUGCUCUAGGUGCGUGGGUGAAGUGCGCCAGUGUGGGGCCCAAUCUAUUCUGGGUCACCAUGACCGCACAGAUCAUAUGCUCUGUGGCACAGGUGUUCAUCCUCGGUCUCCCCUCCAGAAUCGCUUCGGUUUGGUUCGGCCCAAAAGAAGUCUCCACGGCUUGUGCCACAGCGGUUUUGGGCAACCAGCUUGGUGUGGCCAUAGGUUUCCUGCUCCCACCUGUACUGGUUCCCAACACUGUAGACGACAAAGAUCUCAUGGGCCACAACAUCAGUAUAAUGUUCUAUGGAACAGCUGGAGUUUCAACUCUGCUCUUCCUUCUAACAAUAUUUGUCAUUAAGGAUAGCCCUCGACUCCCACCCAGCAAAGCCCAAGCUGUUCUGUCCACUGGUCCAGCUGAAGACUAUUCAUACAAACAAUCAAUCAUAAACCUCUUUAGGAGCAAGCCCUUCAUUCUGCUCCUCAUCAGCUAUGGCAUCAUGACCGGAUCAUUCUACUCUGUAUCUACACUUCUCAAUCAAAUGAUCAUCUUUUACUAUCCGGGUGAAGAGCUUAACACAGGGAGAAUCGGCUUGACUUUGGUGGUGGCUGGAAUGUUUGGUUCAAUACUGUGUGGAAUCUGGUUGGAUCGUACAAAAACCUACAAAUUGACAACAUUGAUCGUCUACGUGCUGUCCUUUAUUGGAAUGGUGGUGUUCACAUUCACGCUGAACGCUGGAUAUCUGAUUGUUAUCUUCUUUACUGCUGGGGCCCUAGGGUUUUUUAUGACGGGUUACCUUCCCAUUGGCUUUGAAUUCGGUGUUGAAAUCACAUACCCUGAGUCUGAGGGCACGUCAUCUGGUCUUCUGAAUGCUUUUGCACAGGUGUUCGGCAUCAUAUUUACUCUCAUACAAGGGCAGCUGACCACAGACUACGGCCCGCUCAUCGGAAAUAUUUUCUUGUGUGCUUGGAUCCUCCUUGGCAUUGUUCUAACAGCUCUGAUUAAAUCAGACCUCAAAAGGAACAACGUCAAUGUGGGCAAUACAAACAAAGGACAAGCAGUUCCCACUGAGCUGCCUUCUGAUAAAGCGUCCAGUGACGUCAAGCUGGAGUCCUCUAGCUUACCUCACGAGACUUCAAUUUAAGUCUUAAACAUUUCCAACAGCACAUCAAAAAUCACAAGAGAUUACAGACUCUCCUGAGAUGACUUGAAAUCUCCUUAUUUCGCUGUGAUGUAAUGAUGUUAUAGCACAAUUUUCAGAGAAAACGGACUGCUAAAUGUUCACAAAUGCUGUAAAUUAACUUCUCUGAAUCUAGGCUGAUUGAUUAUACAAUCUGUCUCUUGAUUAUACAUGCAUUGCAAGCAUUAUUUUAUUUAUUUAUUGUUUCAAGAACUGUGGACCAAAUAUUAGGAUUUUAACAUGGCUUGUAAGGCCUAAAUGCACAAUCAUGUUGGUGUGACUGAAACAGCAUGUUGGUUUGCUUCGUCUGACUGUGUUUUGCUUGGACGUUUCUGAAGUCUGCUGUUGCAUUGCAGAACAUCUACAUGUAAUAAUUACACAAAAAAACAUGAAUUUCCAUCUUAUUUAUUCAGGAUAAUGAAUAGUGUUCUUUGAACUAAAAAGACAUUGUAUGUAAAUUGUAGUGUAUACUGAAUGUAAUUGCUUUAGCAAAAUCGCCCAUCAUUAUGAGACUGAAAUCAUUUUCAGUGCUUAUGCUCCCAUUGCAACAUAAAAUCAAAUAUGUGUAAGUGCAACAUUUUUGACUUGUGUAACACAUACAGAUACUAGGAGAAUACUUGUUUAGUCUUUUCCAGAAAGCACAAAGUAACCUUUCAGCAUUCGUACCACGUUAAGGAUGGUUUGUUUAAAAAAGGAAUGUGUUAUAGUGACACGAGUGAGGUUUUAUGAAUAUGUCAUUCCUCGGAAGUGUGGAAGGAGCAUUAUUAUUUGAAUGGUUUGUAACUCUAAGUUUACUUGCUUUUAACUAAUUUUCUUUUUUUACUUUUGAUGCAUAUUUAUUAGAAAGAUGGCUUCUCUCUGAUUUUUUUCGUAUUUAUAGAUUUCUGGCUUGAAUUUCUACUGUUUCUACUUGGUAUUCUUGUUGGAUAAUGAAGGCAGCUGCGCAAACUGGGGGUUCACAUUAUUGUACACAAAUGAUGCUGGGAAAUUCACUGUAAAGUAAAAAACUCAUUUGCAUUACACUCUGAGCUUUAAAGGACUGGAAGGGGUUCAUGUUUCCAUCACUGCUGUUUUAAAAUAAAAAUGAAAUUCCUCAAAAUAAAA